AUGUCGACAACAACUACAAGCACUCGCAGCUGCGAGUCUGAUGAUAGCCUCACCGCAUCGAAGACGAGUGGUGCUCCCGUCAAGAAGCCCGCACAUCACAAGAACCCCAAUGUCGGCGGCUCAUGGACAGUCGUUACCCUCCAAAGCGCCCGAAGCGACUGCGUACACGACAUGGAUCGCUCCGACGUCGAGCUCACCCCCAAGGAACGCCUUCAAAUCGUCGCCGGCGCGUCGGCAAAACUAGCAGUGGCGCCGGUACAGGGGCUGAUGGCCCUGAGCAGACGGCACGGAAACUGGACGUUCUUCAUCAUUGAAACCACCACCGCGAGGCAGAGACAAUGAGACAAUUGGAACGUUCACUACGUUUACGAGACAAUAAGGCAAAAAAAAACCCCCGGAGCAAAACCGGUUUCUGCACGAAGGAUACGC